GAUUAAUAAAAGUUUAAAUUGAAAGGAAUAAUGUUGAAUUAUGAACUGAAAACAUAAUGAAUUUGUGUAAUUUUUAACAUUAAAUUGUGAGGAAAAAAGAACGUCAAGAUAAAGAAGAAAAUAAAUUAGUCAGAAAAUGGCUUUUCAUAUUUUCGAAAGCAAAUCUCCGUUUGAAGCAAUAGCCUCAAAGUAUAAUCAGUUCAAACAAAGAAGACGAGAAGCACAAAGUCGAAAAGUUACGGAAAAAGAACUAACUGCACUACAUCAUAAAAUUGAAAAAUUACUAGUUAAACUAGAGCAAACUGAACUGGAGGCAUCAACAUCCGAACAAGAUGAAUGUGUCAUAUGUAUCACUAGUAAAGCAACGAUGAAGACACAGCCUUGCGGCCAUCAAGUCGUUUGCCGGCGAUGUUUUGUAAAGACAAUUCAAAGUGCUGUCGUUCAACGACUGUUACCAUUAAGAUGUGUUAUAUGUAGAGCUCGUAUAAAUAAAUUAACGUCAAGUUCUGGAACGUUUAGAUUGCAAGAGUCAGCAAGCAGCUAUUCUGUAGGAAGUAAAAGUUGGAGUGUGAGAGGAUCAGCGAGUAGUUACAGCGUAGGAGCAGCUUCAUAUACAAUGGGCGAAAAGGUGCCACAAUCUGCGUCAUUGUACUCAAUGAGCUCAGGAACGUCAUCUUGUGCUUCGGGUUAUUCGAGUGGCUCAGCAACGUCACGUGCAUCUACAAUGUCUUCCCACUCGUCGGUAGAAAAUAAAUUGCAUAAUCAUAAUCACAAUUGUAGCACUAAUGGCUGUUUAGGAGCAAUUCCAAGAAAUUCACAUUCAAAUUUUCGAGGUCAUAAAAGCCACUCAUUUAGAGGUAGAAUUCCUGAUCUGCCAAAUCGCUUGCCACCAAUUAAGGAAUAUGCUGUAAGAAGUCCUUCGAGACAUCGAACACCUUCUCCGGUCAAUUCCGUUCGUUUUAAAACAUACACAUUACCCUCAAAGUCAUCAAAAUCAUCAUCAGAACUUGAACCACUUUUAGCCGAUACAUCAUCACCACCACUGUCAUCAAUUAGUUCGAAGAAAUUAAGCAUAAAUAAUUCAAAAGUCGCACCAAUCAUAUCGAAAGCUACACUUAUUAAUAAAACUAACGUGACACAGUCUGCUAGUAUAACGCCUUCCACAUCUGGAUUCCAUUUUAAACCGUACACAAUAGCCUCCUCGACAAAUUCAAAGUCUUCUACUUCCGCGAAUGCAUCUAAGGCUACAAGUAAGGAUGAUAAGAAAAAGGAUUUAAAGAAAGAAGAGAAACUUAAACAGAAAGCCGAGAAAGCUGCUAAAAAGGAAGAGAAACGUUUAGCAAAAGAGGAAGAAAAAUUAGCCAAAUUAAGAUUAAAAGAGGAGAGAAAACGUGAGAAAAUAGAAGCCAAAACAGCAAUUGCAUAAACUUAUUCUAUUAUUGUUCUUUUUGCUACAUAGGUUUGUAGUAAGUUCAUUAUCAAACACAAAAGCCAGCCAACAUUUUAUUUGGUUCAAUGAUUGAGCAUUUUUUUUAAACGAAACUUUAUUAUUGACAAGAUGAUGCUUAUUUUGGAUGGUUAGGAGUGGAGUUUUGGUGUUUCCAAAAAACUUCUUUAAUGUCAACAAAAAAUUUUAAAAGGCAUUUCAUCUUUAAAAGACAAAUGUGAAGCGAAUAUAUGUCAACGAAACUAAUGACAAAGCAAAAAUUAUAAAACAAGAAAUUGCAUCAAAAAUUCCCCGAAAACUAGCUCAUCUUGAUUAUUACCAAUA